GUCGGACCUAACGUCCCGAAAGUGGGUUAUCGAAGCGACGAUUUCAAUAGCGAAUAUAUGUUUCGCCUUUUUGCGGUCGGCCGGACCGUUCACACAAACGGCUAGUGAGCUCACAGGCUUACAUAUACGCUUCGUGAGAAGGUGCGUUAGUUUCGGCCGCAAGCAGUAUGGCGGCCAGAAACGUCUACACGGUGUGCGGGUUCUGCCCUGAGCUGGACUGGAAGCCAACGGCUUUCGUGGGGCCCAUCCCGCCCUGCAAGGUGUGCGCCUGGUGCGGAGUGGUUCCCAUGAGCGGCUGGCUACUUCCAUGCGGCGAGCUGGUGUGUCCGCCCUGUCGCGAGAAGAGAGGAAGCUGUCCUGUGCACGGAACCAAGUUUGCGCAAGACGAGCUCGUAAUGACGACGUUCUUGCACCGGCACAUGAUGCAGCGAAAGGUCUACUGCUGGAGUACGUGCUGCAACAAAGCGGGGCCGUUGUCUGCUAUGCUUGAGCAUUAUGAAAAAGACUGCCCUUACCGCAGUGGACCGCCACGCUACCAGAAAGGGAAUGUAGAGUGUGUUAGACGCCACACGGAACUGAAACACGCUUCAGAGGCAGCACAUGAACAAAACGCCCAGGUUGCGCCGGAACUGAGCGGUAACUCCGCGGGUGCGAUGGCAAGAAAGGGCGAACCGUUAAAAGACGGCGAUGCGGAGCACGGGGAUGGCCCUGUCGAAGACAACAGCGCUGUUGGCAGCAUCAAGGUAUCUCAUUCGAUCGAGCUUUCCACAACUCACAGUGAACCAGGGGAAGGGAUGUACACUUCAAUCCAUGUCAGCGUGAAUACAAGCGCCCUUCAUGAGACCGCCACUUCGGGAUUCGCGGUUAACGAUUCGUGUAGCACGCAAUCGAGAAAUGCAGUGGAAGAAGGAGCACACGUACGUACGCAGCGAAUUUUCAAAAAUGAGCAUGAGCAUGACGACCUCAAAGGUAUUCAGCAGUCGAACACCAAGCGAGGAACUGACGGUAAAGCCACUGACGCCGACAACGGUGGCCACGUAGACGAAACUGCCACUUUUUGGGCCCAUCCGCGAGUACAGAGUAGCGCUGGUUGCACGAGCGUCGAACGCUGCGAACAAGACACGCACGGUAAAGAAAAGGAAGCGUCGGGCGAGCUUUCAACGAACGCAGUGCCACUGCUUUUGCGUGAUGUGCCCGAAACAAAGACCGGACACAUAGGUACCUUGCAUUCUUUGAAACUUGACUUAGAGACCGCUCUAGCAGCUACGAAAGAAUGUAUUGAGAAACACCCAGAAGAUGUUGCUUCUCUGCGUAAACACGAGGAAAUAAUCAGAGAGUGCAUCUAUGAAGUUGGUAACGCCUGCAAGGCAAUAUUGCAAGCAUCUCUUAAAGCAUCCGAGUCAUGCGAAUGGUACGUUGAGAACUACGAUCAAGUCAAGAAGAAGACAUUGCAGCACGAGUGUUGUUCAGUGGGAAGUUCCUCACCGCUUUAUCUCCGUGGAUACAACAUCAAGCCGAGCGUCCUUCUCCUCAAGAGGAAGGGCAUCAUUGAGUUUCACGCCGAAUUGACUUUGUAUAAGGGACUGUACGAUGACUUUGUAAGGUGGCCUUUCCAAGAGAGCUGCAAGCUUACCCUACUGCACCCUUCUGAUGUCACUAAAAACAUCGUCUUCUGUAUGACUGGUGCCAAUGAGCCGGGGUACAUAGCGUACUUGAAACCAAGAGGCAUGAAGAAUGUGAGCGUUCAUGCCAACGAGCACCGCUCACUUAAGGAAAUCGAAGAGGAAGGCUUUGCGUCCGAUAACAAGCUCCGCUUUAGGUUCGAGGUUUCGAGAGUGUAACACGACAGAGCGUUUCCACCAGCCAACACCUUAGGCCACUCCCUGCUCAAAGUGUACGUGAAGUGAAACUCAAGUUUCGGUGCGGCCUGAUUCAAGUGCUUUGCGCGAGAGCUUAUGCAAGAAUCGAAGACAAAUGUUUGUUAACCGAGAAAUAAAGUUUCUGGAUAUGUUUACGCUGAUUGACGCGUAACCAAAAUAGGGAUGCUUAAUAAAAAGAUGUAUUUUUUAGGCUUACA